UUGCCUUGUCUUUGUUUCCACCGAAACAUUUAUUUAAAUUAUUUGCCCAAAGAAUCAGUCUCAAACAAACGAAUUUUCAGUGCCGGUCAAACAAUUCAUCAUCAUUUAGAUGUAACGCCCGUGGUCACGGUCUUUACUUCUACAAGGUGUUGCAUCCCAACCCAAGAUCAAAUAUUAGCUUCCUCAGGAUGUGAAUAUUUGCCGAAGCUUUGUUAGAUCUCAACGGUCACUUAAUCAGCGAAAAUUCAGUAUUGUUGGUCUGUGUGUGUGUGAAAUAUGAAGUUCUUCCCCUGCUUUCUGGUGUUUUAUUCAACAAUCCUCAUCAAAAACAAUGUGAAAGCGGAAUCGCUAGCAAGUAAAGAAUUGGAGGACAGCCACUGCGGCCAUGUGUUUUCGGAUGAAAAAUUCCUGAUUUUCAGCGACAAUUUUCCUCAACCUUAUCCAGCAGGAAAAGAGUGUUUCUACUUGUUAAAAGGGCGCAACUGCCCCGCUCAGUUCAACAUCCAGUUUCUGGACUUUGACUUAACAGUUUCCAUCGGUUGCGUGAAAGAUAGGCUGGAAAUUGGAAGCCAGGAUGCAAUUUGUGGAAGCAGAAAUGGAUCGAAAGUUUACCACAGUGAAAAUGGAGAUUUGAAGCUCAAGUUUGUAGCUGAUGAUGAGCCGGAAACAGGAAAAAGAGGCUUUCGACUGUUAGUUAGUCGACGCGAGUGUCAGCAGGACCAUGAUUCAAGUGAAACAGUUGGAAGUAAACUGGACGAUACAACCCAACCAGUCCAGUUCGAAUGGACCAGCAACCAAACCCCUAUUAAACCCAAACCAACAUAUUUGCCACCACUUUCAAAGCCCUGUUGCCUCAACAACAUUUUCUCCUCGAGAACGUUCCUCUUGGUCAGCCCCAAUUUCCCAUACUCCAUUAACACCCCGAAGACUUGCGAGUAUAUCAUCAGAAAGUCCAGUUCUUCCGUUUGUCGGCUGAGGAUAAACGUGCAAUUUUUCGCGUUGGGCCCACCUGGACAUAACUCCUGCCCAUAUGGGCAUUUGGAAAUUGAUGGAAAGUUCCUAUGCGGCUGCAAUUCGCCUGCUCAACUCACCACAAGCUUUGGAGGCUUGGAGAGUAAACUCAUCAAGUUUCACACUGGAGGAUUCAGUAGUCGGGAUAAAUCGGGAUUUGUUCUCGAGGUGAUUCAGGAUGAGUGCCAGAAGAGCUCACAGCCCAACGAGAGCGAGAAGUUCACGUUCUACGAAGAGCAAGCGAACAGAGUGAGUUGGCCUCAGAACAGCAACAUCUACCAACUGCCUCUAUUGAAGCAGAGAAGUUACUACCUGCCGGCCGCAGGCAAUAAAAUUGAUAGGCAGGCAGGCAGCGUCGCCAAGCACUUCUACUUCUUCGGACCUGCAGACGAUGAAGACACCACAUGGACCAAAAGCAGUCAGGAAAGGGAGGAAACUGAGUCGGUAGAUUUGGCUGAAGUUACUCGGGUUCUGACGAACUCGGACAGUUACCAACAAUGUCUUAGCUGGAACUACAACCAGCUGGCAGCACUUCAGUUGGCACGGUUGGCGCAAAUGUGCCAAUCCGGGCAACAAACCACUAAUGAUCAGAUUGAUAGCCAUAAAUGCUUGGUGUUGAGCUCUUUAACUGGAAGCAUUACUUCGCCAGGAUAUCCUGCAGCAUAUCCGAAAAAUGGAAAUUUCUGCUACAGACUAAGGAUGCUACCUGGAUUUUGCUCCGUCCAAGUUUUCUUCAAAGACUUCGAUGUUGAAAGCAGUUAUGAAUGCUUCAAGGACUAUUUAAAGAUAAACGAAUACCGUUACUGUGGCCAAUACCUAAAUAAGAAACAAGUAAGAAUCGCUACAAACUCAAAACAGUAUCAAGACUUAAACUUUGUCUCGGACUCCAAUAAUUGCCGCCGAGGAUUCACCGCAUUCUAUCAGCAAGUUCAAUGUGAAAACUUUGAGGGAAACUCAGUUUUGCCACCCAAGUGCAACCCUGAUCCCCGCAAAGCCAACGAGGAUCCUGCUAAGUGCGAAAAAGUCAUUUCAGAAAAGUAUUUCGUUAUAAGGAAUGAAAUGGAAGUGAAUUUGUGUAGUUAUGAUGUAACAAAAUAUUCGGAGAAUGCGUGCAAAAUACAACUGGAUUUUCAAAUAUUUGAUUGGCCUUGCACUACUGGCACUUUCACAGUUAAUGGAAGAGAGUUUUGUGGGCAAAGAUUUGGACAAGCAGUCACAAUGGAUAUACUGGAAGGAAUAACGAUAGUUUACGGGCAACACGAGAAUUACUAUAAACCUCAGAAUCAAUUUGAAGUACAUGGAGAGCAAAUUGAAUGCGAUAAUACACCAGAUCCUGUAAGAUUAAUAUCAACAAAACGACCAGAACUGUUAACAGCUACCAGUAGUUCAGCUGCAAAGAGCACCGAUAAUGCAUAUCCAGACGUAUGCGCCUUAAUUGGUUCGGUUCCUUUAAGGCAACUUCCGCUCAAAAUCUGCGAGGUUCUCACCAAACAGUACAAUGCGACCGAUUGCAAUUAUUCUUCAGCUAUCAUUCUAAAUGAGCAAAGCAGCGCUCCAUCAGGGACCAAGAUACUGCUAAGCAACAAAAAUCCUGAGAAAAUUAACUACAAAGAAAUUGAGUGUUAGUUAUGCAACUAUUGGAUUAAAUUGAGGAGGUGAGUGAGGAUUUAUUGGUGCCCGUUGGUGGUUUAGGCCGCACACGAAACACCAGAAACCAGCCUUACAGCAACCUUUUCUGACUCACAGUGUAUGUAAAUAAAUAUAAAAGAAUAUAAUGUAAAUAAAUUCAUAUAAUCGACGAUAAA